GUUUUCAGUUUGGGCGGGAUGGAAAUCAGAUAAUUAAAGAAAAAAAAAGCAGAGUGUCGGUCUUGGAAAGUUCCUUUCUUUUUCUAUGUAAAUUCCUCAGUUUUCUCAGUAACCAAACAGAGGUGUUUAUGUCUCAAAGAAAAGCACUGGCUUAUUAGCUGUGGAAAUUGAGAGAGCAACAACUGGUUUCCUGGUUUGCAAAUACUCGUCGUGGAGAUUAGUCUUCUUCUGACCCAUCUUUAACACCUAGUAGUAAUCAUUACAGACCCUCCUUGAGUUCCAGGGAUGAGGCCCACUUCAGAAUCAGCAGAGUGGAUAUUUUUAGCCACUAACCUUGGCCUAGAGAUGUUGUCAGCUGCUUGUGAUCAGGCUUCCUCCCCAAGAAGACCCCACUUUGCACUAUUUGGGAUGCUGUUGGCAAUUGCAGCUGUGUUCAUUUCCAUCGGGGAGCUAGUUUACAGAGGUAAAAGGGAAAGAGUUGUGUUGAGGAGACGGGGAAUGCUCUGGUGGUUUUAUCAUCCACCACCUCCUCGACAUGCGCCUUUUGGUACUCUUCCUGACAUUUAUGGAGUAGUUGCUGGCAUCUCACAGUGCAUUUGCUCUAUAGUUCAGUAUGUUUACUGCCUUCGGCAUGCUGAUAGUCCUUUCAAAGCAUCCCUUUUGCCUGCCAUAUUUCUUAUCUGUUUAGUUGGUUCAAGACUAAGUAAUAAGCGAAUGAACGCCAAUACUUCAAGCGUGGAAGAAACUUCGUUGCAUCCAAUCCAGGAGUAUUAUGCACCUGCCAAUAUACCAUUUGUCGAUAAUCAGGAGGUAGAGGUUGAGGACAAUAUAGUUGGUUACCAGCAACAAGUGAUGGAGCCGCUGCUGGAGCCGCAGUUGGACAUGCGGUAUCUGAAGAAGCUGCAGUAUCUGGACCUGUCACAGCUGCGGUAUCUGGACCUGUCACAGCUGCGGUAUCUGGACCUGUCACAGCUGCGGUAUCUGGAGCUGGGACUGCAGCUGCUCCCGCAUCUACCUCAACUGCCACAUCUGCAGUAUCUGGACCUGCCGCAGCAGUUGCGGCCAAAGGAAGAUUGACGGAGGUGGACAUGUGGCAUGACUUCGUAGUAGUGGCAUUUUGUGUAAUUUUGAUAUUUUUUUAAUUACAUUAUUAUAAAAUUAGGUACUACUUUUUGGUGUU